CCGCACAACGCCUCUUGAUGUCUUGCUCCAUUAAGUAAUGCGUCUUAGGUCUACUCCUCAAGAGCUUCAAGAUGAGAUGAUUUCCAUCGUCUGUGUCCGCUGUGGCGAGGAGAAACCGGCAGGUGACUUUAUUGGCAAAAGGAAAUCGGUGGGGCACACCAAGAACUGCCAGGACUGUCGCAAUCAGCGCAGUUCUCAUGUCAUACUCCAGGUCCAGAGGCGCGAUCCUGACUUAAGGAACCUCGCCGUCAGAACUGAAGAAGAUGCUAGCCUAUCACCUCCUAACGACAGGUUCGGAACCCAGCCUACGUCGCCAGAGAGGCUACGGCAAUGUCAUACAGCGAAGACGUUAUCCGGGGCGUCGAUUAGCCAGCCGUGCUCGCGGCUCUUCCGUACAAUAGCUCCUUCACCUCCUGUGCAGCCGACGACACUACUAACCGCCUCACAUUCUGAUCCGUCUACUAUCCGAAGCAGCACGCUGAUAUAGGUCACCCUGACUUGGCUCCUAGAUUCCUCAAGUGUGGGAGAGACUCACAGGACGAUUCCUCCAUGGCUGGCGCAAGGGCCAAGCGGGCUGCUAUCCAGCGCGGCCAUCGUUCACGACGCCGUGCAGGCGAGACUGUGUCACUGACUCCCUCAAUAUCUCAACUCGGCGCGUUUAAAGGUUCGGAGGGGCCUGGGGCAGAUAUUCUUAAUGGUCGCAGUACUUCGGGCUAACGACAGAAUGUAGAUGCGAGCC